AUGUAUGCGGAUUUCAUAGCCGGAUGGGCUGCAGGCGGGGCAGGGCUUCUGGUCGGUCAUCCGCUGGACACUGUGAAAGCCCGGUUGCAGACGAUGAACGCUUAUAAAGGCAUUAUUGACUGUGCAAUCAAGACAGCUCGACAAGAAACAAUCUAUGGCUUAUACAAAGGGAUGUGGAUACCGUUCCUGUCCACUGGUGCUUUACAUUCGCUUCUUUUUGCUGGUUAUGGCAUAGCGCUACGAUUUCUGCAUCCAGGUGAAUCAAAUGUGGAAGCCAGAAAGGAUCUGCCAAUGUCGGAGAUUCUAAUCGCUUCAAUAUUCGGCACAUGGGCGCAAGUCAUACCAGUUAUACCAGUGGAAUUGUUGAAGACACGUCUUCAGGUUCAACGAGAAAAUGUCUCACACUUCAAGCGACAUGCUGAGACACUUUACGCUGGUCCUAUGGAAUGUGCACGACAUGUGAUAAAAACUGAAGGCCCAGGAGGACUGUUCAAGGGUGGAAAAAUAAUAUUUAUACGUGAUAAUAUUGGAUACUUAUUCUACAUUCCCGUUUAUGAAUCCAUUUUACGAUUUAUGAGACAUCAAAAUCUCAACGAAACCUGUGCUCAGGUCAGUUUAUACUCUGUAAAUGGGAAAGGGAAAGGGAAUUUACGGGUCAGCGACGUGGUACGGCGACUAUGGAACGAAGAUGGAAUCCGUGCCUUCUAUCGCGGUGGCUUGACCAUGUCCAUCAGGGGAUUUAUCGUGAAUGCCGUAGUGUUUCUUAUCUACGAGAAGACAUUCUCCAUAGUCCACACCUCAACGGGUCUCACCCAAACUGCCUCUUGA